AUGAUUGAAAGCCCGAAAGCUUCUAUAUCAAAAAUAAGUAUACCAUCAUCAUCUUCAACUUCAAUAUCAUCGACAAUUGAAUCUUCAAAAACAUCUACAUCGGAAUUUUCAAAUGAUAAUCAAGAUACUACUGUUAAAUCAAAUAUCGAACCAAUAUCUCAUCAUAAUCAAGAUCAACAAAUUCCAUUAGAAGAUCAUAAACCUUCUUUUAAUUAUGAUUUAGAAAUUUUUAAUUUAUGUAAAGAAUAUUUAAGUAGUAAAAAUCAUCAUGGAUUAGCAUUAGUUGCAAGACAAAAGGGAAUUCCACCAUUUUUAAGAUUCAAAAUAUGGCCGAUAUUAUUAAAAUAUCAUCCAUUUGUUUUAAAUCCUUUUAUUCAACCUGAUAAUGAAAUUAUAGAUGAAUCAUCAAGUGAUCUGGAAUUAAGUUCUAUAUCAAGUAAGAAGAGUACAAUCUCAAGUAAAAGUAAUAAUGAUUCAGAUGUAGAAGAAGUAAAAGAAACAGAUACCACUAAAGAAAUUGAAAUAAAAAUUAAAAAAGAUAUUUCAAGAUAUAUUCAAAGGCUUUAUUAUUUACAAAAUCAUCAAAUAACUGAUAUUGAAAAAGAUAUAAUAUCAAUUUUAGAAAAUUCUGUUUUAAAAUUUGCAAUUAAAUGGAGUAAAAUUAUAAAAUAUGAUUCUUCAUUAUCUUGGAUGGCUUUGAAUCUUGCAGAAUGGUUUCCACCAAUUCCAAAAACUUCUUGGGUUUUAGUUGGUAGAGAUAAUCAUUCAAAAGGAAAUUCAUUAACUACUAAUGUAUUAGAUGAUUAUUCAAAUUAUAUAGAAAAUAUACCUGGUUUACAAGAUUAUCUUGAUGAAUUAAUUAAAAAAGAUAAUAUAUCAAAUAUGGCGUUUCAUGAAGUUUAUGAAAGGUUAGUUUUGGUGCUAUUGCAUUGUCCAGAACCAGAACAAAAAAAGGAAGAAGAAGAAACUAAAUCGAAAGAUGCUUCAUCUUCAUCAUCAUCAUCACAACAAUUAAAAAUUGUCAACAAGACUACAUUACCAAUAAAAGGAGGUACAAUAGAAGAAAGAGUAUCAUUUUUUAUAUUUUGUUUAAGAAAAUUAUUACCUGAAUUAUCACAAUAUUUUCAUGAAGAACAAAUUUUAACAAAAUUUGGUUGUUCAGAUGAUGAAUGGUUAAUUUGGUGGUUAAAAUUUGUUGGUACAAAAGUUUGGUCAAAACAUGAUAGAGGUAGAAUUUGGGAUUAUAUGAUGGGUUGGAGAUUGAAAAACCCCAAAAGAACUUUAAAUCAUUAUUAUGAAAAAUUAAAUUAUGUUAAUAGAAAUACUUUGGAGAAAUUAGGACCUGAUGUAUUUUGGACAGUAAAUGCAGAACAAGAUAACAAACAUACUUUAGAUCCAAGAAGAAGUUCAUUUAAAGAUUUAAUAAAUGAUUUAAAUAAUGAUUUUAAAGACUCCAAGAAUAAUAAAACCUCAACAAAUGAUUCAUCAUCAUCAUCAUCAAAUUCUCCAUCACCAAGUGAAUUAGAAUCACCAAAUUUAUCAAUACCAUUUUCAAAAAUAGAUCCUCAUAUAGCAUUAAUUUUUAUAUCAAUAUCAUUAUUAAAAUCAAAAGAAAAUACAUUAGUUGAAUUAGAUCAACAUGAAAUAAGACAAUUUUUAUCAAGAUUACCUUCAAAAUCAUAUAAAUAUAAUCAAAAAUCAAGAAAAAAAGAACACGCAACCACCGAAGAUGUAAAUUCAAAUAAUCAAUCAAAUUCUACUUCCCCAAUUUCAUCACCAAUUGAUAAAUUACCAAUAAAUAAUAUAAUAAUAUCAAAUGAUUCAAGAAAUAAUAAACAUAAAAUUAAUUUUAUAGAUAAUAUAAUUAUAGAAGCUGGUGAAAUGUGGAGAAAAUGGUUAUGGUCAGAAUUUAUUGAUGAUAAUUAG